UUUUCAGCCUCACCGGUCAACUUCGAAGCGAAGGAGGUGGAAGGUUGGUAACUUACUAAGAUCCCAGCCUGAUCAGAACGAUUUUGGGCCUUGCUCUGAGUUUGCUAUCCAUCAUCUUGCAACCAUGAGCGGGAAUCCGUGGUCGGCAAUAACUGCUGGCGUCAGUUCGGGCCUAACCUUUGUCUUCAAGAUUUGCGAGGUCACCUACGCUCUAAGGGCCGUCGAUCAACAGACGAGAGAGUAUCUCAUCACCGCGCAGCACGCCUGGACCAACAUCAAAACCUGCCGCGAUUUACUCAGUCACCAGCAAGACCUGCUGCCGUUGUCGGAACGGAAGGACUAUGAACGAGUGAUGGAGGAAACGAAGAGAGCGGCCGAAGAGGUCGCUCUGCUCCUUGAGCCCGCCCGGGUCGACCUGGAUGCGGACUGCAAAAUCCAUUUCUCGACCCGAGUCAUGUGGGUGCUAAGCGACAAUUCCAACGUCGGCGCGGCGUUGAAACGGUUGGAUAUCGUCCACACAACUCUCACGCAGAACAUCGCGACGCUGAGGCUUCUGAGGUCUUACGGCACCUCCGGGCUCGAGCCGGUGCGCAGCAAAGAAAGGCCUCCCAGCUACAAUACCAGCCAGCUGCUUCAAUGGAAGCACAUGAGCAGGCUGACCCCGAAGCCGAGCUUUGAAGAUCUUCGUACUCUACGGGCCGACCCCGAAAACACAACGCGCGAGGCGGCACCGCCGAUGAAAGAACUUCCUCCAGAAAUGCCCGCCGAUGUCCCAGCACAAUUUAUACGCAAUGUAACGGGUCAGAGAAGUCCGACCAUUGAGCUGUCACCGACCCGGAUCCGUAGUGAAACGUCGACUCUGGUAGAAGUGCCCUGUGGCAAUGAACCAGUGCCGACCAUGAGAACCACGGGGUCAGCGAUAGGGUCAAUGACGGGGUCGACACUUGAGACGAGCGAGUACAAGCCUCGGACUUGGCUCGAGCACCAAGCAAUGAAGUCAAGUAUGCUAAGCGAGAGAAGAGCAAGAGCAACCCACGUUUGA